AUCAGCAAAAAACCACAGUGAUUGAAAAUGGUGAAAUCAGAUUCAAUGGAAAAGGGAAAAAGAUUCGGAAGCCUCGAACCAUUUACUCUAGUCUACAACUCCAGGCUUUAAACCAUCGCUUUCAGCAGACUCAGUACCUGGCACUUCCAGAGAGAGCUGAGCUGGCAGCUUCAUUAGGACUUACCCAGACACAGGUGAAGAUCUGGUUUCAGAACAAGCGCUCCAAGUUCAAGAAGCUGCUGAAGCAGGGCAGCAAUCCCCACGAGAGCGACCCCCUGCCCGGCUCCGCCGCCCUCUCCCCUCGCUCUCCGGCUCUGCCUCCGGUCUGGGACGUUUCAGCUUCUGCCAAGGGAGUCAAUAUGCCUCCCAACAGCUACAUGCCUGGCUAUUCUCACUGGUAUUCUUCUCCACAUCAAGACACAAUGCAGAGACCACAAAUGAUGUGA